UUUUUUUGUCGCGCACCGGGCAAGCUUGCAUAGCAACCUAAAUGUAAAAUUGGAUCAAAAUUUAUGUUAAAAUGAGUAAAACAAGUAGAGUUACAAGAGAAGCAAGUGUUCUUGAUGGGCAUUCACCUGUGAAUCGCUAUGAAUUACUAUGUGUUGAGCAUAUGGCUAGGGGUAAAACCGGCCCAGAUGAAGAAAAAAUGUUGGUGGCUUUUGAAGCAUUUGAUGCCCUGAUUCCAAAUCUUGGAGUAUAUACAAGAAUUUUCAAGAAACUACGCGAUGAUCUGUAUGAUGCUGUAUAUAGUGAUGACUUAACAACCACUCAAGGCGGCUGUGUCACCAAGAUACCUUAUUUCAUUCACAUCACACGAAGACAAAACCAACAGUCAGAAAAAAUGGAUGAAAUGGAGGAUCAGCUAGAAACAGUUAAAAAAAGGUUAUUUGAGAAACACAAGCAGCUAGAGGAGAAUCAGAAAGUUACAGAAGAUCUUAAACAAAAGAUGAAUGAUCUUGACAACUAUAUAUCUGACUUGAAGAGUGAUUUAGCUGAUAAAGUAGCUGGCAUUGAGAAUUUAGAGAAAGAUCUGAGCAAGGAGAAAUCUGACAGGGCUAAAGAAAGGGAGAUAUUACAUGGAGACAUUGAGGAUUUGCAUGCUGAUAUAAAUGAUAAGAAAGAAGAAAUAGAAUUCCUUAGUAAAUACAAGAAAGGAUAUGAUGACCUGUACUAUGCAUUUUUGGAUCAACCAGAUGAUGAUGAAACUCCAAGAAAGAAAAAGAAACCUGUUGUUUCUACAAAAAGGGCAAACAUUAUGACAAAUAUUGAGUUAGCAAAGAAACUGGAAGAUCAAAUAAUGACAGUUUUAAACACAGCUGUAGAAGAGUUUGAUAAGUUCAUGGAAGAGCAUAAAGAAGAUCUGAAACAGAUUGAAAUAAAAGAAGAUAUAACAGAUGCUGAGUUUGAAGCACAGGAGAUAGAUAUAGACAAUGCUGAUCAACAGUUGGAGGCUGUACAAGAGAGAUUCAAGAACACAAUAGGUGAUAUAUCUAAUGAGUUAUUGUUGUUGAAACAACACAGUAUCAUGUUGAUGGAACAGCUACAAAUCUUAGAGGAAAACCAUCCUACCCUGAUGAGGAAAGGUGACAGGUUGAAGGUCGUAGACCCAGCAGUCUCAAAGUCAGGGGAUAUACUUUUGUCUAAGGAGGCUGAGAAAAGGGUAAAGCGUAUACGUGAGGAAAGCUUAAAUAUACAGGAAGUUUUUGUCCAGUCCCCGUAUCUGGGACUAAAAGAUGAAAACUGGAAGGAAUUGUUAGACUCUAUAUUGUCUGCUGGACUUGGAGAUGAUGAAGAUGAAGCAGAUUCAGACCCAUUUAUCCCACAAGAACGUGUAUUCAGUAAAUAUGCUGCAAUGAUGUAUACCUCUAACAACCACGGGAAGUCAUUUGAAGAGUUUAAAGAAGCCAAAUACUGUCCAAGUUGUGGCGAGAAGACUGUAAUUUGUCCUCACAAGCUGCCUGGAUCAGAGAAGAUAUUACCACUGCCUAUUAACUGUACACACCUUAAAAUUUCACGUCCAAAAGUAAAAAUCAACAAAGAACUAAUGAGAGAAUUAAUGAAACCUGAAGAAGAAGAUGUGACCUUUGAUCUUCCUGGUUCCCUUGGCAACAAGCUAGAUAUCAGUAGAGAACAUAGUUUACGUGCUUUGUCAGGGUCCAUGAUGUCUCCGGACUCGAGCAGAGAUGGUACUAGUGCCACUGGCAGUGAAAGUCACCUGCUUUUCCGUAUGAAGAGAUACAGUCUGUUGAGCCUAUAUGAUGAUUACAAACAGAGAACCAAUCUGGAGAGAAAUAUUCCACGCCCACUCUCACAGGAACGUUGUUUGUCAGUGAUGGAACAGUUUUGGACAUACGUGAUCUGGGAGGAUGAUAAUGGGAAAGAGGAGGAGAUACACAACUCUAUCAUUGAUAAAUUGUACAGAUAUAUGGAGGAAAGAUACAUGGUGAAGGACAUCAUGUUUUUAUGUAAUCAUGAUUUCAUCUCCGGAAUUAUAGAAUACUCGGAUAAUGACAAGGUUAUACAGCUAUAUGGUCAUGUGUUGGUUAGUAACCUAGAGGGUGCUUGUUUCCGGUACAUGAUGUUACUAUGUGAUUUUAUCUGUGCUGUAGAAUGGAAGGAGGUUGAAGAUUUUAGGGCAUUUGCUGCGGUUGUCUACCCAUUCCUUGGGGAAGAUGAUCUGGAGACAUUACAGAUGAGUUAUACCUCAUAUAGUGAGAACAAGAUCUCUAAAUCUAUGGUGGCACAGUUUAUUAUUCAUCUUAUACUUAAAUACAGGGAACCAAGAUUUCAAGAUAUGGAGCAUCGUCUGAUGCCCUUCCAGUCUCCAGAUAGUAAACAGCCGUCCAUGUCGGAGAAGGAGUUUAAAGAAGCUAUAGAUAACAUCCUACCAUUGACCAAUGAUAAGCUGAGGAGGCGUCUCUUCUUUGAGUCUGAGAAAAUGAUGAGGAAAGAAGGGCUGACAAAUAGUGUACCUGUAAUGAGGCUAGCUCAAAUUGCCAGUUACCUUGGUUUGCUACAGAUCACAAAUAUUGUAAGGGAGACAAUCAAUGUAAGGAUACAGGAAUGGAGGACACGGCCCAGCAGCUCCGGCUCGACGAGGGUUUUACAAGAUCACGAGUCACAGAUCCUCCAUGAUGAAUAUGGUCAGCUGAUUACUAUGUCAAAGGUCAAACUAUUGUCUACAAAUAUUUCCAGACGCAUCAAGUUACGUCAGGAAAGAUAUGACAUGGGAGAAGAGCAAUCUGACUGGUAAAUCAACACAAGACAUUGAUGAGUGAAUCAACACAAGACAUUGAUGAGUGAAUCAACACAAGACAUUGAUGAGUGAAUCAACACAAGAUACUGAUGACUGAAUCAACACAAUGUAUUGAUUAGUAAAUCGACAAUACAAAACAUUAAUGAGUGAAUCAACAAAAGACAUUGAUGAGUGAAUCAACACAAUGUAUUGAUCAGCGAAUUAACACUUAAUACGAACAAAUGAAUCAACACAAUGUAUUAUAAUAAUGAGUGAAUCAACACAAUUCAUUAAUGAGUGAAUCAACACAAGACAUUGAUGAAUGGAUCAACACAAAAUAUUGAUGGGAGAAUUAACACAAGAUAUUGAUGAAUGGAUGUACACACAACAUUGAUGAGUCCAUUAACAUCAAAUCAUACAACACAUUAAAACUAUUGUUAAGGUUAGUUAUUCAAAACAAAAAAAAAAUAGGACCAUCAUCUUUGUGAAAUUAAAAAAAAAUAUAUUUGUUUGUGUGCUGUUAUAAUAUACUUCAAAGAAAAAUUGUGUUAAAUUUCCGAAAUGAAACCUAAUGAAUAUGUUAAUGUUGCCUGAGAUUAUAAGAUUAUGAUGUCAGAUUGGUUGUAACUUUAUUUACAUAAAGAAUCUUAUACAAUACCCUAUUACUGAGACAUUUGUUUCCAGUGAUUUACUAACUGAUCAAUCAGUACUGUUACAGUUAAUUAAUAAAGUUAUUUUAUAUUUUAUAUAAAUUACAGAAAACGUUUGAUUUCAAGAUUUUGAUACACAGAGUGAUUUUGAGAUGUUUUUUUUUAAUUUAACAGUUUUACAUAAAUAUGAAAAAUAUAGUAGCAUUUUUGCUUUCAUUGGCAUUUAAUUUUAUUAUUUUUAUAACUAUAAAAUACUUGUAAAUGUGUCAAAAACAAAUGACAAUGAUUAACAGUAAAUAAAAGAUUAGUCUUUUAUUUAUACAUGGAUAAUUGAAUAAAACAAUCUUAUUUGGGUUCAUGGUGGUAUAUAUAAUUUAUACAGAAAUCCACUUUAAACCAACCUUGAACUUUUAGUAUAGGAAGGUUGUGUUUAAAAGAGAACAGAUGGGUCAAUUACUUGUAAGUAGAUAAGGAACACAGAUAACUUAUUUAUGUUUCAAUUAAAAGCAGGUUUAUCUCAGCUCAGUGUAUUUUAAAAUCAUAAAGUUUGAGAUAUUAUAUCUCCAAAAUCCAUGACUUUUUUCCCUCUUUAAAUAUAUUUUGAAAACUUUCUCACUUCAAAAAUAAAGUCGUUCAUCUUUUGAAUUUAUAUACUUUGUUGCUGUUAUUUUGUUUUUCAUUUGAGUUUGUUUUUGUCUAUAAAUCUUUCUUGUUAUUUAGCUGCAUGUGAAUUCAAGGGUUAUGAUUUUAUAACUUUUAUUCAAGUUUUAUUACAUUAAAUGUGUGUAAACAAGCUCAUUAUAAUGUUAUACUAGCAUCUGUUCCAGUCUGCUAGACUGACAUCUGCUGAAUUUGAAUUAUACUGUUAAACCUGUGGUAUGAGAACACCUCAGACUGUAUUAUACUGUAAAACCUGUGGUGUGACACCACCUCAGACUUUAUUAUACAUGUAUGUCCAUUUUCCCUUUUGAUCUCAUACGGUGUUAACUUACCUUUUUUGUCAACAACUUCCAUAACUCAUUCUGUAAGUGAACUGCUAUUUAUUGUUGUUUGAUAUGACUUUUCUAUAUUUCAAAUAUUUAUGCUUUAAAGAAAACUGGUCAACAUGUUUUAAAGUUGCAUGCCCCCAGGUUAGUCAAUAUAUUUAAAGAAAAUUUAACUUCAGAAAAUGUUCUAAGAUUUUAAGGAAAGUAAAAAGAUUCAAGUAACAAUUUAUAUGUUUUGUGUGAUUAACAACUGCUUUUGCAGUAUUUAUCAUCAUAAUUCUACUGCGUUACUAACAUAGUAAAGUUUAUCCUGUUUUUGGUAAUUUACGUGGAUCGUUAAAUGUUAUUUGCAAUUGUAAGAUUACUUUCUUUGUUCCCUUCAAAAUGUUUAGCUUUUAAAUACAUUUUUAAAGUUUUCAUGAAAAUUAGCAUGAAUCUGGAGGCAUGCUGCUUUAAUAUUUUUUGUGAUACGUUUUAUACAACAAUAUAUUGUGAUAAAUUUUAAGUAUUUAAUUGUUUGUAUAUAUUUCUACUUUUUGAACAUAUUUUAUGUAUUCAUUAUUUAGUUUUGUUGUAUACUUGAUCAAAAGAAUCAGACACUUUUGUGUUUCUAUAAAAUAAAGCUUUUGAUACAUCGA